AUGGGAAGGAUUUACUUUGCAACAACUAAUUUAAAGAAACUGAAGGAGGUCAGAAGGCCUUUUAAUACAGAUAUAGUCCACAUGAACGUUUCAAUGGUUGAAAUUCAGGCAUCCCAAGAGAGAGUAGUCCAUAACAAGCUGGACCAAGUAAUGGCACUUAUAAGCAAGGAAGACGCGGUGAUUGUUGAUGAUACAGGAGUUUUCCUUGAUAGCCUGUGUGGGUUUCCUGGUGUCUACAUCAAAGAUUUCCUUAAGAUAGGCUCCCAAAAAAUAUUAGAGAUUCUAAAGAAGGUGGAGGAUAACAAUGCAACAGUAUCUUAUACUUUGGGAAUUGCUCACUACAAAGACGGACAGAUUGCCAAGAAGGCAUUUUCAGGAGAGAUUAAAGGCACGAUUAUGGAGUCUAAGGAGGAAGGCUCGGCAGAACUUGAUGGGAUUUUUAUUCCAGACGAGUUUAAAGCUUCUCUCAAAAGCAUGUCCAUUGAUGAGAAAAAUUGUAUAAGCCAUCGAAGGAUUGCAACUGAAAACCUAACUGAUUACAUGGUAUCGAUUGGUAUAAUUAAAGCCUCAUCCGCCUAG